GCCGCGAGUAUUUGACUACUCCCGAGUCUCGCACUUCCCAAUUCCACUCAUCAGCUAAUUCUGAAAAUUACUGAAAAAAAUUGUGAUUCGAAAUUGAUAUAAAUUCCUUUUUUUUUUCCUGAAAAUCGUAAGCUCGUAAUGGCGUGCCUCCAGCUGCUGAAAUCGGCUCCCUCGAAUUCUCAGAUGAAAUUCAGAUGUCUAUGCUCGAGCUUCAGUUCCAUGGCGACGCUGAAUAGGAGAACCAGAUUUCCGAAUUCGAGGUUUAGGAUUUCCUGUAAAGCUGAUGAGCGUGAUAAGCAAAGCAACGGUGAAGAACCUCCUGAGUCUUUAUUCAUGAAAGAACUAAGGAGACGAGGAAUGACACCAACUUCUUUGCUUGAGGAGAAAACUAGAAGCACCGAGGGAAAUGAGGAGAUAAAGUUCAGAGAAGAAGAUGGAGGAUGGAGUUACUCAAGAAGAAAUGGGGUCUCAAAUGAUGGCGAAGUAAGCCUAUCUGGUCAAAGGGAAAAAUCAAUGGCCCUCAACAGCGAAGGUCUUGAGGUGAAAAGAUUCUCUAUUUCUAAUUAG